AACCAGCAGCUGCUGCUCCCCAGCCGGGUCUGGGCAGGGGCGAGACCUUCAUUAAAGCUCCUUCUGUGCCCAGCCCAAGGUGGGACUUUUUGGAUCUAGCCCCCCCGGGGCCUCCCCAAGCUCUGCCAACACCAGCUCCUGAGCCGGAGACUCCAGCAGGUGAUAGGACAGUGAGUGAGAACAAAGGAGGAGAAUCCUCAGCAGAAAAUCCUCAGCAAGUGUAACUGCAUGGGACGUUAUCAGGAAGAACUGAAGGGAAUUUCUUCCAGAGUCGUAAGAGAAGCAGCUAGGAAAAUAGUGGAUAAAUCUAUUUGUUGUGGGAGAGGCUGCAGGAAUCUCAAGGAAACCAUAUCCCAGCAAGGAAUCCAAAUGGGAGAGAGAAAAAACACAUCCACUGAGUUUGGGAAAAGUUUUAAUGACAGCUCACACCCUCCUAGACAGCAGAGAAUGCUCACAGGGGAAAGACCCUUCAAGUGCUUGGACUGUGGGAAAAGCUUCAAUCUGAGCUCAAACCUUCUUACCCACCAGAGAACUCACACAGGAGAGCGACCUUAUAAAUGCUUGGACUGUGGGAAAAGUUUCAGCCUGAGCUCAAACCUUCUUACACACCGGCGACACCACACGGGAGAGCGACCCUAUAAAUGCUUGGACUGCGGGAAAAGUUUCAUUCAGAGCUCUGAUCUUAUUUCACAUCAACGACUCCACACAGGAGAGAGACCCUAUAAAUGCCUUGACUGUGGGAAAAGUUUUAUUCAGAGCUCACACCUUAUUAGACAUCAGAGUCUCCAUUUGGGAGAGAAACCCCAUAAGUGCCUCAUCUGUGGGAAAAAUUUCACUCAGAAGUCACACCUUAUUAGACACCAGGGAAUCCACACAGGAGAGGAGCCCUAUAAGUGCACUGACUGUGGGGAAACAUUCGUUCAGAGCUCACAGCUUAUUGUGCAUCAGAGAAUCCAUACGGGAGAGAAACCUUUUAAAUGCUUGGACUGUGGGAAAACCUUCAGUCGGAGUUCCCACCUUAUUGUGCAUCAGAGAACCCACACAGGAGAGAAGCCCUAUAAAUGCUUGGACUGUGGGAAAAGUUUUAGUGUCAACUCAAACCUUAUUACGCAUCAGAGGACCCACACAGGAGAGAGACCCUAUAAGUGCCUGGACUGUGGGAAAAGUUUCCAGCGGAGCUCACAUCUUAUUAAACAUCAGAAAAUCCACACGGCAAAGAGGACCUGAAUGUGGGUGACUCUUCACUUGGGGCAAUGAUCAUAACUGGCUUCUGCAAAUCUAUACAGGAUAGAGACCUCCUAAAUGUCCAUAGUGUGGCAAAUGUUUCAAACAGAGUUCACAUCAUAUUGGACCUGAGAGACUCCACACAGCAGAGAAAUUGUAGCAGGCUGCCAGCCUCUGCUGUCGUUAGGACCAGCUUUCUGUUUAAUGCUGGUCUCUUCAAAGUGCUCUGAAACCUGCAUGGUUACUCGGAUUGCUCUUGGUAUUUGGUGUACCUCAUGGGUUCGUGGGGUAGGGUGAGUGAACUAAAUUUGGGGCACUUGAAUAUGGGGUUCCUGAGAUACAGCCCCCUGACAGCAGCUGCUUUUUGCAAAGUUGAGAGGUUCCACCAAUGUUUUUUUGCCCAGAUCUGGGGAUCUGUCAGAGGGUUCGAGGAUGCAUCACCUCUGACCCUGUAAGCCUGAGAGCCUCACAAUGUUUUGCUACUGUAACUCCCUGCCUGAGACGUUCAGUCAGCAACCAGCAUGCAGGUCACAGCCUGAGUGUCUGUGUAUAACUGCCACCCUGGUCCAGCCACUCUGACCCCAGCAACAGAGCAGGCCCACUCCCUGCUCUCUACCAGCCUGGGUUACCACCAGCAGGGUGACCCCAACGCACUCCCAGUCCCGAAUUUUCCCGAAACUGUGGGCUCUGCAACGUGCAAUGUCAAACAAAUUUAUUAACAAAAGGUCAUAGGUUAAGUGAUGCCAAGAAAAGGAAUAAAAGUAGAGAUGGUUACAAGCAAAUGAAAGUGAAAAUUUGCAUCUAAAAGUCAAAAACUGAAUCUAGCGAGGUACAGGCUUUAUUCAAGAUGGUUUCUCUCAGCAAUCUUCCUUCUUGCCAGCCAGGGCUGAAUUUCUCUCAGUCGGGAUCUUCUGCAGAAGCCCAAGGGGCUGGGUGAAAGACCUUUGCCUAAGUGGAUUUCUUACCUAUAUUCAGUUCCCAGAGACUUCAACCCCUCCCUUGGUCCCAUCUUUCUCAGCUUGCAAGAGAUCUAUUCCUUUGUGUCUGUCUAGUGAAGGACCCCAAAGACGGCUUCUGUCCUUGCUUAUGUUUUCCAAAUUUCAAUGACCUUGCUUUAAGAGGCAGGAUGACCUCAUGCUCUACUUCCCUUUCUGUGGACUUCCCAACCCCCUGCUGAUUUCUAUGUAAAUGGGGCUUCCAUUGUUUUUGGUUAAACCUUGCAUUUAGGGUGAACAGAUGUCCUAAUUUUAUAGGGACAGUCCUGAUAUUUGGGGCUUUGUCUUAUAUAGGUGCCUAUUACCCUCCACCCUGUCCCGAUUUUUCACAUUUGUUGUCUGGUCACGCUACUUGCAUUUCACCUUUCAUUGCAGCCAGGUAGAUAGUUGCCUUCUCUCCUACCUAUUUCUCCCUGUCUGGCCACAGACUUUAAAGCAUAAUAUCAUUAGGUGUCCAUAUUUCCUCGUAUAGCAUUAAUAUGGACAUUUAACAAUGCUAUUAAUCACUAGUGUGUCAUUAGCUUUCAGAAAAUACUUCACUCUAUAUACUUUUAUAAGUACAGUAAUAUUGUAUCCAAACAGUUGAUUCAAUUGCUUAUCACCUGAGAUUCAGCCCCUCCGUCUUUAUACACCAGUAAACCUUUGCAACAUAUUCUCCUGAAUGUUACUUCUCCAAGAAAAGUUUAUGUGAGGAAGGCAACGUGGAGUCAUGUGGUGAUGGAAGCUCCAUGAUGAUUUUUUUUCCCCAUGCUGAUAUUUGCUAAAAUUCAAAUUGUUCUGUUCCCUGCAAUCUCCUCCCUCUGAUGUCUUGAUAGUCCUGUUUAUAGGUAAAUUGAGGUAAACACGCAUUCCUUUGUUUAGGACAGAGCUAUGUCACACCUUUACUGAGGCAAGGCUGUCUGGUCUUGAUCAUGUUCUAGUAACAUCAUACGGGGGAACUCGUAUAGUGUAAACAUUUCACCAUGGUUUGGUUGAGCAGCAAAUGAUUCAUUUUUAAAUGAUACCUCACAAGGCCUAUUUUGUGCAAAGAUUCUUGCAAUAGUGCGGAGGGGUGUGUAUCUAUACCUGGAUGUUUUGGGUCGCAGGGUCAAACCACGGCUCUGAUCUGGGCACAGGGAUCUCUAGCACUUAUAGACUCCGACUCCGUGGGUGCUCUGGGGCUGGAGCACCCAUGGGAGAAAAAUAGUGGAUGCGUUUGGUGGCGGGUAGGAGGUGCUCAG